AUGGACAUUGGUAGGCAAAGUCUUGAAGUUAAAGAUCCCACGUCCACGGAGACCGCUGAUACCGAGAAAUUCAAGAAGCACCAAAGAAACCUGAAAACACAAUGGAAGACUCCUUCAGUCGCUUCCACUAAAACAGCUGAUACCAAGACGGUCAGCGAGGACCAAAGUAACCUGAAAAAAAAAUGGAAGACCCCUUCGGGCGCUUCCACUGAGACCGCUGACACUAAGACGGUCAGCGAGGACCAAAGUAACCUGAAAAAAAAAUGGAAGACCCCUUCGGGCGCUUCCACUGAGACCGCUGACACUAAGACGGUCAGCGAGGACCAAAGUAACCUGAAAAAAAAAUGGAAGACCCCUUCGGGCGCUUCCACUGAGACCGCUGACACUAAGACGGUCAGCGAGGACCAAAGCAAUGUGGAGAUACAGAGGGAGACCCCUUUAGUCACUUCCACUGAGACCGACGAUACCGAGACGGUCAACGAGGACCAAAGCAAUGUGGAGAUACAGAGGGAGACCCCUUUAGUCACUUCCACUGAGACCGACGAUACCGAGACGGUCAACGAGGACCAAAGCAAUGUGGAGAUACAGAGGGAGACCCCUUCAGUCACUUCCACUGAGACCGACGAUACCGAGACGGUCAACGAGGACCAAAGCAAUGUGGAGAUACAGAGGGAGACCCCUCCAGUCACUUCAACUGAGGAGGUCCCCAUGAUGUUUCCAACAAUGACGGUGACAACGACAACAACAACGGAGACCAGUACUUAUAAUACAGGAAUAGUAUUCAUCGAUCCCAGUGUGAAAUUUAUCGUCAAGACCUACUAUCAACUGAAGAGAAAUGGCUACCUUCCAUUAGCAUGCAUCUUAGCUGGAGUCGUUCUUCUAGUAGUCAUCGUCAUCAUUUCAUUAGGACUUUACUUUACAAUUUGUUACUGCAAGGAAAGACCGGAGAUGGAGGGAGUACACACAAUGAGAGAAGGAGACGCAAAGGAAGAUGGUGUCAUAGUGCAAAUAGAAGAUGGAUGCACAGCAAAGGAUGAAACGCGCAUCAUGAUGGAGCAAAGCGGAGAUAUGGAAGGAGGAAUCACUGAGAGGAACAAAAUGCAAACAUGGGUGCAAGAAAAACUCGCAGCGAGGAAAAAAAAACUUGCAAAGAUGCAAAAAAAUUGUGUAGAGACGCAAGAACUGUCAGUGAGGGAAAUAUUUGCAGAGAUUCAAGGAAAAAUGUCAGGCCUACAAAAAAAGUAUGAAGAAAUACUCAUAGAGAUAGAAGCCAAGGAUGAAGAACUUGCAGUGAUGAAAAAAGAACUUGCAGUGAUGAAAGAACCAAUAGCGACUAAAAAUGAAGGUGCGGCGAGGGAAAAAGAACUCGCAGUGACCAAAAAGAGACAAAAAAAAGGAAAAAUAUCUCGCAGUGACCAAGAAGAGACAAAAAAAAAAAGAACUGGCAGUGAACAAGAAGAGACAAAAAAAAAAAGAACUGGCAGUGAACAAGAAGAGACAAAAAAAAAAAGAACUGGCAGUGAACAAGAAGAGACAAAAAAAAAAAGAACUCGCAGUGAACAAGAAGAGACAAAAAAAAAAAGAACUGGCAGUGACCAAGAAGAGACAAAAAGAAAAAGAACUGGCGGUGACCAAGAGGAGACAAAAAAAAAAAGAACUGGCAGUGAACAAGAAGAGACAAAAAGAAAAAUAACUGGCAGUGACCAAGAGGAGACAAAAAAAAAAAGAACUGGCAGUGAACAAGAAGAGACAAAAAGAAAAAUAACUGGCAGUGACCAAGAAGAGACAAAAAAAAAAGAACUCGCAGUGAACAAGAAGAACUUGCAAAGAUGCAAGAGAAAUUUGCAGAGACAAAAAAAAAAGAACUGCCAGCGAAGAAAGAACUCGCAGUGA